CAUUCGAAAUUAUAUUCAAGAAAGUAGAAAGUUGAGACUAUGAAGUUGCUUGCGAUAUCAAUCAUAGUUGCCGUUAGUCUAACUAAUGUCGACUACACAACGGGUCAUGGCAUGAUGUUGUCUCCUCCGGGAAGAUCUUCGCGCUGGCGUUAUGACUCUUCGGCUAUACCAAAUUAUAACGACAAUGCCAACUAUUGUGGAGGAUUUAGUGUUCAUCAUGGCCAAAAUGGCGGCAAGUGCGGUUUGUGUGGAGAUAAUUAUGCCGAUCCAACUCCACGUGAAAACGAACUGGGUGGCAAAUAUGGUGGCAGUGGUGUCAUCGUCCAAACUUUUGAGAAUACAUACACAGCUGUGAUUGGCUUCCAAAUUACAGCCAAUCAUAUGGGUCAUCUUACAUACAGCCUUUGCAAUUUGGAUGAAUUCAAAUCCGAGUCCGAGGAGUGUUUCGCCAAAUAUCCCUUAAAGUUUGCCGAUGGCAGUGAUAAGUUCUAUGUGGGUAAAACCCUUGGCAGGGUCGAGGCCACUGUGGUAUUGCCACCCGGUGUAAGCUGCAAUCAUUGUGUCCUACGUGGAACCUAUACGGCUGGCAAUAACUGGGGCAUUUGUGAGGAUGGUACUGGUGCCAUGGGUUGUGGCAUUCAGGAGACAUUCAAAUCAUGUGCCGAUGUUCGUGUUGUGGCUCCCGGUGCUAAGAGAGCCAAUGUGGAAGAUUCUUUAGACAUGGCAGUUCCCGAUGCUUAGUUCUCAAAAUUGAGACAAAUUCUAACUGACUUUUGAUUAAAUUAUUCGAGAAUAAAAAAAAUAAAGCUUCAUAAUCGAUGUUCAUGGUAGUAUUACGAGGUAGUGUCAUUAGCACAACAACAAAAAACUACCACCAACGGAACUACCUUGAGUGGCAAAUGCCGUAAAUUGAAAUGUCAAAGUGGUCUUAGAAAUAAACAUUGUUUUACAACUUCAAAUGUGUUUAUAUUUGUAUUUUCAUCCUUAUAACACUGUUUUGUUGCUAAUGUGUCGAAUAUCGGAUCAAAUAGAAAAAUUAGAAAAAAUCACAGCUGUGCUAUGAAGCAUUUGAUAUUUAGAUGUACAGGAAAAUCAGA